AUGGUUAGGGCAAACGACUACUGCAAUGUCAUCCUCCAGCUCCUGAGUCAUAUCAGUCCUCUGCGCGACUUCUUCCUCUGUGAGUCCAACUACAGGGAUAUGAAGAGGACGCCGGGUGAUCAGAUGAACUUCCUGCUGAUCCAGCGCUUCGGUGAGCUCAUUCGAAAGCUGUGGAAUCCGCGCAACUUCAAGACGCACGUCUCCCCUCACGAGUUCCUUCAGGCGGUGGUGUUGUGCAGUAAAAAGCGCUUUCAAUUCACGGAGCAGGGCGACGCCCUCGAAUUUCUCUCCUGGCUCCUCAACGCACUGGACCUCUCCUUGAAACCACUCGGUGAGCAGCAGUCUGCACCUGGAGCUACAAAGAAACUACCUGCCAGGCCAACUAUUGUCAGCCAAACCCUUCGCGGCAGAAUGCUGAUCCACAGCAAAAAGGUCAUGCCCGCACGAAUUGAGGAAUCACGUUUUCUCUAUCUCACUUGUGAUUUGCCACCGCCUCCACUCUACCUCGACGAGUUCAAGGAGAACAUAAUUCCGCAGGUACCUUUGGCCACUCUGCUCACAAAGUUCAAUGGAGUGGCUGAGAAAGAAUACAAAACCCACUGUGACUCAACAAUGCGCCGUUUCUGCCUUCGACGCCUGCCGCCCUACCUCAUCCUCUGCAUGAAACGCAUGGUGAAGAAUAUUUUCACUCUGGAAAAGAACCCCACCAUUGUCAACUUCCCCAUCAAGGGUAUUGAUUUUAGUGAACUGCUGGAGCCCGAUGUUCGAAGCCAGCACAAGUACACAACCUACGAUAUGGUGGCCAAUGUAGUUCACGAUGGUCCACCGACACCCGGCGAGGGCAGUCACAGAAUCCAUGUCCUCCACCGAGGCACCGGGAAGUGGUUCGAGAUGCAGGACCUCCACGUCACAGAGGUGUUGCCUCAGAUGAUUCCCCUAAGCGAGUCUCUGAUUCAGGUAAUUUUCAAAGUGUGUUUUUUUGUAAUUAUUGAUUGA